CUGCGACUUCGGUCCUUGAAUUCGCAGCAACGGACAAAGAACUUGCGAAAGAACGCAACAUACCGCCAAGAAUGAUGGGAGAUUUAGCUGCGGGGUCGAUCAGCACAGAGGCAGAACUGAGCGCUGAAGCUCAGCAGGUGUUCGAAGGCGUUGCGCAGGCACUGCAAAGGGAUGUCAAUAUCCUAGCGGAUUCAGCUUCGAGCAGGGCGUCGAAAAAACGAUCGCUUGAUCAUAUCAAGAACGAGACUCUGGGAAAGUUACACGUCGCGCAGAACCCUGUCCUCGUGAGGAGGGUCCUGGAGAUCGUUUGCAAGCCUCUGAUACGAUGCUUGAACGACAGCGUCGAAAGCUGUCGGGAAGCCAGCGUUGGACUGCUGAUAAGCUUCGCGGAACAGGUCGACACAGUGAUACCUCUCCUCCAGUACAUUGUCCCAUCCAUCGCGUCGCGGCUAGAUCAACCGGAAUUUGCAGAGCCUGCGGAGGAAAUCCGCCUGCUGCUCGUCACGGCGUUGACGCGAUUGGUGGAUAUCACGAAAGGAGGAUUCAAUCCGUUUGUGGAGGACGUGGUCAAAGUCCUGCAACGGACGUUUCAGGAUCCUUUCCCAGAUGUCAAGAAGGAAUCAUGCAAACUGGUCAUGGGACUGUGUAGUCACUGUCCUCGCGCACUGGCGUACCACGGAGCAACCGUUGCGAAAAGCAUUCUGCCAUCACUGCAUCAUCGGCAUUCAACCGUUCGAACACUGGGUAUUCAGGCGAUGCGAGACGUUCUGCUAGUGGACGCUUCCGCAUUAGACGACAUUCUAGACCCAUUGAAACAGCUCACGCUGGACAAGUCCCAGUCUGUGCGGGAGUGCUUGUACAAAACCGCGGGGGAAUGGUUGCUGAGGUUGCCCGAUCGGUGGUCGAUCGGAUACAAGAUCCUGCCACUCUUGCUUGCGGGUAUGACCGACGACGUGGGAAACUCGGCGACGCUUUGUCGCACGUAUAUGGACGAGAUUGGCGCGCUGUACGAGCGCGAGUGGGAGGAUCGGUUGAAGGAUGAGCUGGAUUAUGUUCAGCAAGGGAUACCGACAGAUAGACCACGGGUCGGUGCUCGUCAUGUAGCCCGCGAUUUCACCCAGAAGACGAUCAAUUCGUGUUUGGAAGGACUGUCAGAUUGGAAUGCUGAAGUGCGGGUGAAAUCCGCGCAAAUAUUACGAACAUUUGCUUAUUACGCAGAGGAGAACGUAACCGGCUACCUUGGCACGAUAUUACCGGUCUUCAAUAAAGUACUUGCUGCCGACGAGCCGGAUGUCAUCAGAGAGGUUCUAGCCGCCGCCGAAGUCCUCGGCUCCUACGUCAAUCCAACCGUAUACCUCGACGUGGUAGGCCCUGCAUUGCGCUCCGGUGCAGGCGGAGCGACCCAAUACCGCAUCGGCUGCCUAAAAGCGCUGGGUGCAUUACUGCGCGGCACCCCGCCCUCACGAUUCGACACAGUCCGACUCCAAACGCUGAUUGGCCUCGUCAGCGAUCGCGAAUUGAUUCAUAACGAGAACACGAAACUUUUGGCGGAAGUGGCGUCGGCUGUCGCUGAGAUUGUGAAGUUGAUCCCCGCGGCGAAAGCGGCGGGAGGUAAUCAUGAUGCGGCUGCUCAAGAGAAGGCAGCCUUUGAGCUUUUUAUUAUGACCGCUCAGCUCAUCAGCGUCGAGGGCAACGAGCAAGUUCCCGGUGUCUCCGAAGUUCGCCAGAAGGGCGCACAAGCACUGACAACGCUAUCAACAGCCUCCGGCCUCUUCAGCAUUCAAGAUCUCUACGCCCACUACCUCGAGCAAUCGCUGCGCCUCCUCGUCCUCUCCGAACCAUCAUGGACGCGACAUUCCCCGGAAAUGCGGUUGCUGCGAACCAUCACGGUGGCAGCGGGACCCGCCGUGGGGAAGCAGCUGCACUUGAUCGUACCCCUGUUUGCGAGACUUACUGCGUUGGAGAGGGAUUCGGAGCUUCGCGAUGCAACAUUCGACCUCCUCCUCACUCUCCUCGAAACCCGCCCUACCCCCUUGAACUCCACCCUCGACCUCCCCCACCACUCCACCCCGCUCCUCUCCGACACCAUCCUCAAAUCCAGCGUCUGGAAACCCGGUCGUCGCGCAACCGCCCUCCGCAGCAAAGCCAUCAAAACUCUCGUCGCCCUCCUGCAACAACCCCCCACGGACGGGUGUCUAGGCGCGUUGACGAUCGACAGCGUGAAAGCGGCGUGGGAACUGUUGUUGAAUGUGCUGUGUAGUUGUUUGGAGGACGAUGAGGUUGAGACUAGGGGGGGCACGUUGGGGGUGUGCAGGAUCUUGUUGGAUGGGGAUUUGUUUGACGCCCCAUCCCUCAAAAAACUUUACCCAGAGCUCCUCAAACGCAUGGACGACGCCCGCGACGACAUCCGUAUCCAAACUGCCAAAACGUUCGCGCACUUCUUUACAGCAGCCACCCUCUUUUCCGCCCGGAUGCAGCCAUACACUUCCACCUCCCCCCCGGGUGUCACAUCCGUCCUCGUUGACGCACACGGGAAGGUAGUUGACCGUGAUGCUGGGGAGGGGGCGAGGCUGGUGGAGGUUAGAUUGGAUGAUGUGCACUGGGUUGCGGUUGUGAAGGGGUUGGUGGUGCAUAUGGAUGAUGUGAACCCCGUGUUGCAGGAAUCGAUCUUCAAAGCCCUCCAAACAGGCACAUCCACCAUCCCCGCCACCAUCCUCCGCGAGCACCUCACCGCCGUGCGCGGGCGGCAUAGGAGCCCGCAGUACAUUGACGCGUUGUUGGCUCUGCUUCCCUGAUGUAUGCAUGGCGCUAGUACAUGACAAGCCUGGGGGGUAUAUAUACUGUAGAUUGGGCGUUAACUCUCUCAA